AUGUCUAGUGAAUCAACAACUUUUAUAGUCGAUGUGUCGCCAUCAAUGAUCAAAAAAGAUUGUGUUUUCAAAUCUAUGGCAUAUUUAGAGUAUACAUUGUUGAACAAAUCUAAAAAAAAUAGAAAGACAGAUUGGGUAAGCUGUUACCUCGCAAAUUGUCCCGUAUCUGGAAAUUCGCAAGAGGUACCAAAUGUGUUUCAAAUACAACCCUUUUUGGCUCCUGUUACUACAACGGACACGAUCAAAUUCAUUAGACAUCUGAAGCAAUAUUGUGACCAGCAUAGCCAUGAUGGUACAACGGAAGAUUUGCAAUCCAUGAUUCAAUGUCUUCUGGUUGCUUCACUGGAUAUUAAACAGAAAUUUCAAGCAAGAAAGAUUUCAAAGCAAAUUGUAGUAUUUACAGACAAUCUAGAUGAGUUAGAUAUCACGGAUGAAGAGAUAGAGGUGCUAGCAAAAGAACUAAACGCAAGAAUCAUUUUAGUUGAUUGUAGCAAGAAGGGCCAAGAAGAGAAAAAACAAUCUAAUUGGUUGAAACUCGUGAAAGCCAUUCCGAAUUCAAAUGUCUACACUAUAAAUGAGCUUCUUAUCGAAAUUACUUCGCCAGCGACAUCUGUAGUUAAACCAGUAAGAGUGUUCUCAGGGGAGCUCAGAUUUGGGGCAGAUGUGUUAUCAACUCAAACGCCGAAUCCCAAUAGUGGCAUAAAAGAUAAAAAUUGUAUAUGCAUCAAAGUAGAAGCAUUUCCUGCCACGAAGGCAGUUUCAGGGUUAAAUAGGAAAACCGUUGUCGAAACUGAAGACUCCAAUAUGAAAAAAAAGUUCGUUGCGGUUAAGUCCAUUAUCGAGUAUGAAAUUCACAGUGAAGAAAAGAACAAGAAAGCCAAUGAAGAUGAGGAAAUGGAGUCCUCUUACACCUCUGUGGUCAUUUCGAAAGAUUCUGUAACAAAGGCAUACCGUUAUGGUGCGGAUUAUGUAGUAUUGCCCUCUGUUUUAGUUGAUCAGACAGUAUACGAGACAUUCCCUGGGUUGGAUGUAAGGGGGUUCUUAGAUAGAGAAGCUCUCCCAAGAUAUUAUUUGACGUCAGAAUCUUCUUUCAUAAUCGCGGAUACAAGACUUGGUUGUCUAUCCGACACCAUGGCCUUUGGUGCUCUGGUGGAUGUCAUGUUGGAGAACAGAAAAGUUGCUGUUGCAAGAUACGUGAGCAAGAAAGACAGUGAAGUAAAUAUGUGUGCACUGUGUCCCAUUUUGGUUGAGCACGCUGACAUGGAUUCCGAGACGAAAGUUGUAAGAAGCCUCACUUUAUGUAGAUUACCAUUUGCAGAGGACGAAAGGGUGACAGAUUUCCCCAAACUAUUGAAUAGAACAACUACAUCUGGAACGCCGUUGGAACAGGAAACAGAUGAGCAUGAAAUCGAUGAGCUUAUGGAACAACUUGUAGAUUCCAUGGACACGGAUGAAUUGCCGGCGGUUUCAGUCGACAACUAUUAUCAACCCAUAAGUAGAGUGACUGCUGAUACUACUCUCCCACUUCCCUUUUUGAAGAAAGAACGAGAGGCAAACAAGAAGGAUCCCCUCAGGGUACCCACAGUUUUUAUCUACAGGCAACAGCAGGUAUUAAUGGAAUGGAUUCAUCAAUUGAUGAUUAAUGAUUCGAAAGAAUUUCAAAUUCCAGAACUACCGGACUCACUGAAGGAGAAAAUAAGCCCUUAUUUGUUCAAAAACUUCGACAGUAACGAAUUGGUCAAGCUUCUCCGAAUCAAGAAAGUAGACAAAUCGAAGCUCUCAUCCGAGCUCAAAGAUGAACUUGAGAGAGAGAAAAUCCCGGACUUGGAAACUCUAUUAAAGCGUGGUGAACAAGACAGCAAGGAGUAG